ACGCCAAUCAUACUCUCUACCGGGAGUGCACAGAACAGCAACAGCCUUACUUUUACACCGAAAUGCAGCUGACAGACUGAAAUACAAGCAUUUGAUGAAUGAGAAUUGGGGCACCCUCAGGAAGCUGACAGACUGAAAUACAGGCAUUCAAUAAACUGGCAACAUUGGGCGGCUUGAAACCGCCUGUGCUGAAUAACAUUGGCUGUUCCGUGGCGCCCCCUCCGCGCUCAGGAUCCCGGAAGUGGCCGUGUGAGAUCAUGAUGACCGGUGAGAGAGAGCCUCCAUCAUGUUUUCUGGAUGAAAAGACCUUCCGGCUUUGCUGUCGGCUUUUUCUCCAGCACUCGGAGAGCAUCCAGGACGGCUGGAUCUGGGAGCAGAUCAAGGGCUCUGAUGAAGGCUUCAUGAAGAAGACUGUGCUCGUCCCUGUAAAAUCAAGCCUUUUGGACAAACAACAUGAGUCCAUACAGGCUGAAAACACUGAACUUCUGACAGACGACAUUGAGGCAGACGCUGAGGAUGAAACGGCUGGAGUUGAUGCAGUGUGUGAAAGUCAUGCUGUGCUGCGCUAUGAAUACCACGUUCUGUAUUCCUGCAGCUAUCAGAUCCCCGUCCUCUAUUUCAGAGCAUCAGCGUUAGAUGGGCGCCCGCUUUCUCUGGAGGAGGUGUGGAGCAACGUUCAUCCAAACUACAGACAGAGGCUGAAGCAGGAGCCCUGGGACACACUGACACAGCAGGAACAUCCUCUACUUGGCCAGCCGUUUUUCAUGCUUCAUCCGUGUCGCACAGAGGAGUUCAUGAAACCCGCUCUGGAUUUAGCCCACGCUCAAAACAGGAGGGUGAACUAUAUUGUGAGCUGGCUCAGUGUUGUGGGUCCUGUUGUCGGCCUGGACGUCCCUCUAACCUUCAGCACUGCAGUUUCUGCUCCAGAUUGAUGCGUCUUUCUGUCGACAUGCUCUGAUCUUCAGUUUCCAGAGGACCUGUGGUCAAUCUGCAGAAAUGGGUUAUCAUUAACCAUCAUGAACCGUCUCUAAAUGGUUAAAAUGGUAAAGAGUUGUCAGAAGCGCAGGAACAAGUGCACAAACAAGCUCAGACUUUUUUUUUUUUAAACAUUUAUUUAAAGAUUUACAAUGACAGAACAGGUGGUCUCAUGUCAUCAUAUACAAUAAUAUAGCCAUCUAUUAUACAAUCGCCCAUCGGUUAGUAAUUCAAGUCUUUUGAAGGGUAAAAUUAACCAAAAAUAAAUGAAUUAAAAUAAAAUAUAAAUAGUCUUUCAAGAUACAUUCUCCAAAAACUCUCAUAGAAGAUUCCAGAUAUGCUAGAAAUCCUGAGAUUGCUGACACAAGUCAUAAGUAGGCCCACAUGGAAUCUGCAGAUGUUUAGCUCAUCAUUGAUUCUGUUUAUUUACUUGUGUAAAUGUGUGUAAAUUCAUAUUUAUUCAGUUUUUAAAUUAAUUUCAGUGAUAUUAUUGACUAAUAUGAAAAUGUUCAUAUGGUUUAUUCACAAUAUAGUUUGUAAAUUAAUAUUUUCAGUCUUUUAGUAGAGAUAUUAUAUGAGAGACUUGCUUUGUUUACCAAAUAAAGUGGAUCUAAUGGGAUUUGCAUUGUACACAAUAAAUAAAAGUUAUAAAUGUGUUACUUUUUAGUUCAUAUAUUAAGGUUUUAGUGACGAUACUUCCAAAAUAAUUCUGCAUAAAUCAAAUUUUUACCAAAAUUCUGCGCAGAAGUGGCAAAAAAUGUCUGCAGAUUCCCUCUGGCGCUACUCAUCAGUCAGUUUUUCCAAGGGUAAGAAAUAAGGGUAAGAUUUAUCCACAUAUUGACCGAAGGAACGUUAGGAGAGGAACUCAACAAAAUAAUACAUUUUCUUGCAAGAUAUGUACAAAAGUGUAACACACUUAAUAUUUUCCAUAUUAAAAGGAGUUUUUGUCCUUACCAACACCUGAAAUUUAUAUUUCAGAAACUGUUUGUAUUUCUCACAGGUGAACAACAGGAUAAACUGAUCAGCUCAGGUACAGCUCAUGUGCUUUAUUCAGUGUUAAAUACUCAUAAUGUGAGUUUGAAUGCCAUUUUACAUGACAUUUAUUGCCAUACUACUGAAAGCAGCAGCAGAUAGUUCACCUCACAUCUGGAAAAUAUAAUAAACUGUUUGAAAUUGAACUUUAGAACCGUGACUCUGCGAGCCAACACAUAUUAGUGAUUCAGCAUCUACAUUUAAUAAUGUUGAAGAGGUUUAAUAUGUAUUAAUUAGAUUAUAAACCUUACAAAUUCACUGGAGUGCAGUGAGUGCACUAUUCUGUGCUUCUGAAUGGCUGUAUUUACAUUUCUGUCGUGUUUCGGCUGGUGCAAACAGCCAAAUUGCUUAUCGCUGCAAAUCUCGUCUUGUAAUGUGUUGUUAGGACACGGGGUUACAAUGUAACCUGCUCACCUAAU